AUGUCUACCAUCACAGCCCGAGCACGUCGCGGGAAUUGGGUGUCAUGUCCGAGACGCAAUGGCUUAACGACUUCAUCCUAUACAAGCGAUCUUGCCGGUCAAGGAUUUUCCGAUGAAGCUUUACAAAUUGAGUCCGGAGACAAUUCCACUCCAGUUGACCCGAGAUGGGAGCCGAUCUUGGAAGACGCAUUCUUCUACGGCAUCCGCAGUAAAGAACAGCUGUUAUACGAGGCGGACGUCGGCCAUGCUUUGGAUAUAGGUACCAGACUCGUUGACAAACCUCCAGCUCGUCAAAACAUCGACCUGUGGCGUAUCCUGCUGCGAGCCCAAGCUCUCCAAAAUGGUCAUGAUGGCAUCAAGGCAAUAUGGCGUGGCCUCCAAUAUCGUGGCAAGGCCAUUCGCUUUGAUGAUAGAGAUCCUCAAGCGAAUGUCCUCUGGCAGAUUUUCCUUUCUGCUGGUGCGGCCGACCAUCAGUUCUUAUGGUCACUUUGCAAAGUUGCCAAACGUAACAAAUUCGACCGUCCUGCCCUCUUCGCCGAGGUGGUAGGGGCUGCUUUAGAGGGCAGUGCGCCUCAAAGAGCAGUCGACUUUGCGAGCUUCCUCUUGCAAUCCCACUACAGAGGUCGGGAGGAUCUUCUGGCAGUCUUCGAUUCUGCUUGCCGUGCGGAGUCGGCGAAUGUGCUCAAGGAUUUCUGCAAAGUUCAUGAAUUGGUGCCCAAAACUCAAAUCUACACCGACGUAACCUCUACUCUCUGGGAGCACGAUCGGCCCUCCGACGCAUUUAUGAUGCACUCUUUUCUCAUCUCAAGAGGGGACCUGCCCCCACGGUUCGAAGUGCUGGAACCGUUCCUCAGCUAUCUGGUCGUUCACCACAAAAAGCUCAGCAGUUUCCUGUUACCCCUGAACGCGGCGGGGGCAUCCUUCGAGUCCCAGGCCCGUCGCUUCUGGUCGCGAGAGAGAAGCAGGAUCACCGGCUUGUCUCCAGAAUCUCUGAACAUCGUUGCGAGCAAGACCCUUGGGGUCAAUCCGACGAAACUCAGUGACCAAUUUGUGGCCCGAGCAUUUGCGACCAGGGCGUUUUCUUUCGAUUUUACGGUCAACAGUCUGAGAAUGAUCGGGUUGAUUGAAGCAGGGCCGCUGGCUGUCCGCCAGGCGGCAUUGACCGCGCCCGACCUAGCUACACUCCAGGCAAGGUUCAACAAGUUUGAUGAUCUCGGGAUCGACACCGGGUCUUCUGCCUUUGUUCGAAUCCUCAGGAAGGUGUGCAAUGCUGGACGCUGGGAAAUGGUCCAAGCCCUUGUUAACAAUGAUCUCCACCAUGAGGUUUUUGAGAAUCUGGGAUUACAGGAAAGACUACUAACUGAGUACUACCGGACAAGAGACUGGUUGCAACUCAACCGGACACUCGUCAUUCUCAACGACGGGGUCUUCGAUGACACAGCCCAAGCUCGUGCUGGGAAUUUGGUACUUCGAAUCAUGCUUGAAGCAGGUGAUUGGGCCAGAGCAUUGGAUUUGGUAAGAGAUUUGCAAGCGCGCGGCUUGACCAUCUCGGUGUCAAUCGUCCGUUGCAUAAAUCGCCUCUUCCGGGAUACCAAAUCAAGUGUAUUCGCUCAUGCUGAGAACGUGGAUCGGAUUGCAUACUUGAUUGGCCUUUUGCAGGACAUACUCGCUUCAGGAACACACUUUGACAUCAAGUAUUGGCGAUGGCCUCUUCGAGCUCUGGGCAGACUUGGGCGGAUGAAAGAAUUAGAGUGCUUGACAUACUGGAUCGCCGAACAGUACAAGGCUCAAGGAUUACAUCAGCUGGGUGAUUUGGAACAAGAUGCUCCCAAGUUGUCUGGGCUGGGUGUCCUCUUCGAUGAGAAAGUCCAAAAGUCUCUGGUAUCGUGGUGUUUCAGACCACAUAGGGGUAUGAACGCGGUCACGCCAGAGCACUGCUUGAGGUGGACUCGUAUCCUGAAGAGGCUGCGUGAUGUCUACGGUGUUGAGGUCAAAGAACCGAUCAUCCGCUGGAUCUUUAUCCGCCGUCUUCGUUGGCUCUUCGCUGCAGGCAUACGGCUGAAAGCGCACAAUAUGUGGACUCGGACGCGAAAUAUUACUCCUGCUGAUCGUUACUGGGAGUUGUACGACAUCAUGUGGGAUAUGAAACCAGCUAGCCAUCUGGGAUAUGAUCGCAACAAGGUCAUUCUGCAAAUGAGAAGGACAAGAGCAGGUCAGGUAACCCGACAACAGGUCCCAAUGCCUUUCCGGACACCUCAAGAAGCUGAGGGAAAGCCAGCGAUUGGGGCAACUCAAGAAGGAGGGACUAAGAAAGAAGACGGCAUUGUUGUGUAUAGAGAUCUCUUCCAUGCAUCUUGGCAAGAUUAUGAGAAAUGA